AAUUGUUGAGUUUAUCAUCCAUUUUUUGUAAUCGCUGAAGUUCAGUUGCGCUUCAGCCAGUCAACUGAGAUGAGUACGACAAGAUUUUCGGGAAUCAAAUUGGGACCUCCAAUCGAGGUUUUCGCGCUAACGAAAGCUUUUAACGAGGAUACUUACAAAAAAAAAGUUAAUUUGGCUGUAGGAGCUUAUCGUACAACCGAAGGAAAACCAUGGGUUCUACCUGUCGUAAAAAAAGUAGAAAAACAACUUGCGGCAGACGAAUUGCAAAAUCACGAGUAUCUUCCGAUAUUAGGUUUAGAUAGUUUCUGUCAAGCUGCAACAAAAAUGUUAUUAGGUCCUAACUCUUCAGCUAUUGCUCAAGGACGUGCUUUUGGUAUUCAAACGCUUUCCGGUACUGGUGCGUUAAGAGUCGCUGCUGAGUGUUUAAGUCGUAUCUUAAAUUAUGAUACAUUUUAUUAUAGCAAGCCUACCUGGGAAAACCAUAAACUUGUAUUUUUGAAUGGUGGGUUUAAGAAUGCUUGCGAAUAUACAUAUUGGGAUUAUGAAAAUCGAAGAAUCGAUCUAGAUGGAAUGCUUAAGGAUAUAAAAAAUGCUCCAGAAAAUUCAGUAAUUGUUCUUCAUGCAUGCGCGCACAAUCCUACCGGUUGCGAUCCUACGCCAGAACAAUGGCAAAAGAUUGCGGAUGUUAUUGAAGAAAAUCGAUUGUUCACGAUAUUUGAUAGCGCGUAUCAAGGGUUUGCAACUGGUGAUUUAGACAAAGAUGCAUUUGCUGUACGCAUGUUCGCUGAACGCGGAAUGGAAUUUAUUUGUGCUCAAAGUUUUGCCAAAAAUUUCGGUCUUUACAAUGAAAGAGCUGGUAAUAUGGUCAUAGUAAUGUCUGAUAUAAAAGAAGCAAUUGAAUUUAAAUCUCAAGUGACAUUAAUUAUACGAGCAAUGUAUAGUAAUCCCCCCAACCAUGGAGCUCGUAUAAUAUCAACUGUGCUUAACAAUCCUGAUCUUUGCGAAGAAUGGAAAGAACAUAUUCGAACUAUGUCUGGAAGAAUACAACAGAUGCGAGAAGGAUUAUAUCAAAGAUUACUCAAGUUGGGAACUCCUGGCACAUGGGAACAUAUAACUACCCAAAUAGGAAUGUUUUCAUAUACAGGCCUUAGUGAGAGACAAGUGAAGCAUUUAUUGGAUCAGUUUCAUAUUUAUCUACUACGCAGUGGACGUAUAAAUAUUUGUGGACUGACAGAGUAUAAUCUGGAUUAUGUAGCAAAAGCUAUUCAUGAAGCAGUAACGUUAUUUCCUCAGACAAAAAGAAAUUGCGCUUGUUGAUGCGUAUUUUCAGACUUGACAUCAUAGUAUAAUAAAUACAAAUAUCAUAAAUACAAUAUCAUAUAAGCUAUUCAUAUUGGUAAUGAUGUUGAAAUAUUAUAAUAUUUGGUAUUCUAUGAAGUCAAGCUAAAUUUUUUUUUGAUAAUAGUAACUUCAGUGAAAUCUUUGCAUUAUCUUGUGUUACUGUUCAGUUUCAGAAUUUUAGAAAUAAGAUCUUAUGUUCACAUCUCACUUUAAAACAUAAGAUUUACAUACAUUAUUAUUUUAUGUUGAAAAGUACAAAAGUUAUUGUUGAUAACAAAGUGUACGCCGAUUGAUGUAAACGUAAAAAGUAUUUCUACAUAGUAUAAAUGAUACAGAUAGCUUUAAUAUACCUAUAAAUAAAAAAAAUAGUCUUUGUAAUAUAACGUGAAAACGGAUAAUGUAAUUAGGAAAAAAAAAUUGCUCUGUGUGGCAAAAAAACAAAGGUUGAUGUAUGAACAUAAGGUCUAUAUUUAAUGAAAUUUAAUAAUUACAUAGCAGACAUUACGAUGGUGGUCCAACAAAAGAACAGUACAAAGUUAAUGCAUAAUUAAAUAUUGAACUUUCAUACAAAUUAUGUCCAAGUUUUUGUUAUCAUAGCAUCACUUUAAUACAAAAUUCGACAUUUUAAAGAAGUAAUUUUUUUUGUCGGAUUAGUUUUUUUUUUUACGCAUAAUGGUACAUGAAAACUUAUUGUUGAUCGUGCCAAAGUCCUUUUCCUUAUACUGAAUUGUGCAUUACAUGUGUUCUAAGAUUGAAACAAUUUAAGAAAGUAACAAAUCUUGUCAUAUAAGCAUGGAUAAAUGUUUUCCCUAUUUUUCUUUUUAGAUAUUUCAAAGCAGAGAUUCCACUUAUAUAUAUAUAUAUUCACUAAAAGUUCUACUAAAAUGGAUCAAAAAUCCAUGUUAAUAGACUAUAAAUAAAUUGUUAAUGUCAUAUUUGCGAACAAAAGAUAUAUGAUUGUUAUACACAUAUAACGAAUAAUUUACAUAUAUUUUUAGUACCACUGUUAACAUUUAUAUACUUAGAGUAUUUUAACUUUAAAAGAGAAAAUACAUUAUUAAGAAUUUCCUUCCAGAUAUAAUAUAAAAACUGCCAAAGAGAUAGGCGAACGAAUCUUCUUCUAAGAGAAAAUACUUUUUUACAUAUUUGUAUAAACAAUAUGACAAGAUAACACGUAUAUUUUAAAAAUCAAUUUAUCACAAAAAAAACAUACCAAAAUAGUUGCAUAAGCAUAAAAUAUUAUUAAAUAUCGCAAGCAUUUACAAUUAUCUAAGCAUUUAUGUACAAUGAAUAUGAUACAAACUGGAGAGAACACAUGCAAUCUGUUAUCCAAUAUUGUAACUGUAGUAUAUUUGAAGAAGAUAAUAUCUGAACUUAUAAAAACAUAUACACAAAAUUAUACAUAUCCUCUUAUGAUUCAUAAACUUACAAAUCACAAUUAAACGUAUUGCCUGUUGAUCAAAGAUUUAUACUUGAUAUGUAAUGUAAUAGUCAAUAGAAACUAUAAAGUGAUGUAACAUAGGUUGUCCACAAAAGACACAUUAUUCAAUGUCUUCCACCGUCUUGAUGUUAAUUAAAUAAUCAUGUAGAUUUGAAACAACUUAUGCGCAUAAUAUUUUAUAAUAAAUAAAGAAUAUUCUUUUUUCUUUA